AUGCCACGGGAUCCGUUUAAUGUGGCUUUCUAUGACUCAUCUGACGAUGAACAGAAUUCACACAUCGCGAGGGUGGAGCCGGUUAUGGAGGACAGUCAGACCACUAUCCCACUUCAACCAUCGUUUGGUGAUCAAGCGGGGAGUCCCUCACAGCUUCGAAGACUGUUUGACACCGCAGGAUCUUAUAUAAUGUCCGCGCUGAUUGGAAGGCGGGACCUGGGGAGUAGCGAACCCUUCAAUGUUGCGCAAGUUCCCCAUGAUUCCACGUCUAACGAUGAACAGUGGGACGAUAGAGCGGUCCAUGAUCCAUUUGGUCCUGCCCGGCCCCCCUUACUGUGCAAUGACAAUUCCUUGUGCUCUUCGGACGACGUAGGUGUCGACCUCCGCGAAGUAAUUCUUCAGUAUCGGCGGACACCAAAUGAUUCAUAUAUGGGUAUUAUACAGGCAUCGCUUCACGCUGAAAAUUUCAGAAUCAACGGGGAUAUUUUGCAGGCUGCAGUAGGGGAUCGCCAUCUUACGAAGACGCUAUUGAAGUCCGGACGUGUUGAUGUGAAUGAUGUCGGUGUACAGCAAAUUAUCCAAGAGGAGAUUGAUUCUCUGAUGGUGGGCGACGAAAACUUCGGGGGCCGUAUUAACCCAGGAAACAUUGAUUAUCUAAAAGUGCUGUGCAAUGCUCCCAGUGCUACCUUUACAAAAGAGCAGGCACUUUCGUGCCGCUACGCGGGUCUCGAGUUUGUGAAAAUGCUGUACGACAACCCACACCUCUUGCGGAACCUACCACCCCCCAAUUGGCUGUUGGGGUUCUUUUUACAUAUUUGUUUUGUGUUGGAUAUGGCGCUAACAUGGGUGGGUUUGAUCGCUGUGUUUUUGCAUCUUGCGUGUGUGGGAUGGGUUAUCUAUCAUUGGCGGGUGGUGGGACACAUUGAAUGCAGUAGUUGGACAAUUGUGUGUUAUGUGGUUGGGUACGUUGUGAGUAUUGUGGCGGUGAUGACAUCUGAGGAGGGGCGAAUACGUGACUAUGAGGAUCGCGUGUGGGACUACCCGGACAACACAACAAAAGUGGUUCCGUGUGUCCCCGUGUUCGAGGUCUGGCUCGUGUACGUCACGCUAAGGUACGAAUUGUUAAAGAACAAGGCUAAGUAUUUCGUUAUACGGUAUGAUUUAUACAACGGUCUGACGAAUGUUUUGCUUCUUCACACCUGUUUGUUUUCCAUACCCCAGCUGCUUUUACAGUAUUACCUCGCAGCUUUCUAUGCGUACGGUGAUUCUUUCAUUGGGCACACAAUCUUAGCCAUCACAAACUAUACCUCGUAUGGUGUAUCCACGUACCUGUUUCUCCGGAACGCGAUAUGCAACUUCUCUUGUAACCGCUUCGGUUUUGCGGUUGUAGCCACGAAGCAGGUUUCGCUGAGGCCGAGGAGUGUCACGAACCGUAUACUCAUUGCAACUACUUCUUGUUAUUUGGAGUGCUGCUUAUUCGCCGUUCUGUUAACGUUUCCGGUAAUCGGUCAGUGCCACACAGAGACCGUCGUCUUUGUAUCAACCGCUUCCUUCGCCACUGUGGUUGGUUUCGUGUUGUUAGUUGUAGUUCUCGUGUUCGAUGCACACAGGGUUAUCUGGGCUGCUUGUUGGCCAGCCGCGGCUGUGCAAGUAGUCUUCACCAUUGUUUACAUCUACAGCGGAAAGUUGAUGGAUGAUCCACUGGGGUGUUCGUUUUUUUCAUUAACAUCUUCUUCAGUUCCAAUUUUAACAUACGUUACUUUUGGGUUUUUGUGUCUCUCCAUUUUGGCAGGAAUUGGGGUUUUCAUCUACGACAAGGUAACUGGAGGCCGUGAGGUCAUGUGGGACAGUUAUUACUUCUGGUCGAUGCGAAGGUGA